CUCCAUUCCCCACAAUGCCCUGUUGUCAUGUGGGCGAAGAAGGCUAAACCGAUGAAGAGCUUCCACUUGGUAUUACUUGAUUAAAUCUUGAUUUUAUCAAUUGAAUAUCGCAUUUUUCCGCUCAGUAAAAUAUCGCAGGCGUUGGGAAACCCCGGGUGGACUGAACCACUCGCACAUCCGUCGCUGUCAAGCAGGAAUCAUCCAAUAUAAGCGCUGUGCUUCUGUGUCCUCCAGUGGAGACAUCCGGGGACCGAGAGACAACGAUGGUGUCCUCACUGCCGACUCACUAAGUUCUGCCAGAGAAGACGUCUGAUGAGAAAUUACUGCAACGUUACAGAUCCCGGAAUGGAAGAAAAGGCAAACGGCUCUGUUGACACCAAAAGCCCAGUGGAGAACGGCCAGGUGCCGGACCCUGCUAACUGGGGGGUCUCUGAUGUCGUCAACUACUUCAAAGCUACGGGGUUUGAGGAACAAGCCACGGCUUUCCAGGAUCAGGAAAUCGAUGGCAAGUCCCUGCUCCUGAUGACGCGUAACGACGUCCUGACCGGGCUGUCGAUAAAGCUCGGCCCAGCGUUGAAGAUCUAUGAGUAUCACGUGAAGCCGCUGCAGACUCAGCACCUGAAGAGCAACGCGUCGUAGCAGCACCUGCUGUCCCCAGCGACUCACCUCAACGACAAUCAACCAGGAGAUCACAGGUCAGCUGCCGCGUCACAGACAACUCCCGUCACCGCGGCACCAGAACAGGAUUUGAAUGCUGUAUGUUUUUUAUAAGCAUGGGCCCCAAAAAUGGGUUGAACGUGGAGCUGUUUACCCUUUCAGCCAUUCUUAUUUCUGCUGCUUGAGGUAUGUAUUUUAUUUGUGAGUGUGAGAAAACAUUUGGGGAGGGGGGGGGGUCAGAAUUGAAUUAAUCUGUUUGUUUGAACGUAUUUGUACUUAAGAUGAUAUAGUUGAAAACUGUGUCUGUUCUGUGUUUCCUGAACACGUUGAUACAUGCAGACAGUUAUUCUGAUGCAUCCCAAUUUGCCCCAAACUAUUUUUUGAUGCUGUGACCUGCGCAGCUGAGUCCACAAAUUUUUUAUUUUCAGGACACAACAAGCCACCUUCUCUAUCCAGGCCCGAGGCUCCUUACACAAAAAUAUUUAUGUGUAUAUAUAUUCUUAUUAUUAUAUUUCCUACCUGUGGUGCUCUCAGCAUUUUGUCACAACUGUGUUGAAGUGUGUAUGACUAAUGUAUAUGUGCAGCAUAACACUGGAGUUUGAAUAUCUGAAGCAAAGAUUUGCAAUAAAUGGUGCUCUUUUCUCACCAAAGAACAACAUCGGAUGAACUUUA